CUUUCAUCUUUUCUUUUCGUCGUUGCUGUUCGGCUUUUGUUGCUUUGCAGGAGGUGUAGAAUUUGCGCGCGUCGCUACUUCGGCUCCUUCGUGGCUGUUCGACUUCGCUCCUUCGACGAUUUUCCGUUCCUGUCGGGUCGGAAGUUACGAGAUUUUGAUCGGAAGCAACAACGGGAGAUUUUGAAUAUCACCGAUCUAUAAAUUGUCCUGUAAAGAAGCCCUGUUUCCACUGUUGCCCAGUGCGCGAACGAGAGAGCGAGACAUUGCGGCAGCUCGAGACCUAGAACCAGAACCAGAACGAGAAGAAGCUACAUCAGUGCGUAGAAAAGAGGUCUUGAGCGAUGAGCGACGGACAUCUCUUCAACAAUAUCCUUCUCGGAGGCCGCGGAGGAUCCAACCCUGGGCAGCUUAGGGUCCAUUCUGGUGGAGUCGCAUGGAGAAAGGCGGGUGGUGGGAAGGUGGUCGAGGUGGACAAGGCUGAUAUUACUGGUGUGAGCUGGAUGAAGGUUCCCAGGGCUUACCAGUUUGGAGUCCGGGUUAAAGAUGGAUUGUCUUACAAGUUCACCGGGUUUCGUGAACAGGAUGUUAGUAAUUUGACCAGCUUCAUAGAGAAAAAUAUCGGAGUAAAGCCUGAAGAGAAGCAGCUUUCAGUCAGUGGUCGAAAUUGGGGAGAUGUUGAAAUAAAUGGAAACAUGCUUACAUUUCUAGUUGGUUCUAAGCAAGCAUUUGAAAUUUCUCUUGCUGACGUUGCUCAAUCACAUCUGCAAGGGAAAAAUGAUGUUUACUUGGAAUUCCAUGUGGAUGACACAACUGGUGCAAAUGAGAAAGACUCGUUGAUGGAUCUAUGUUUUCACAUACCCAAUUCAAAUACUCAGUUUGUUGGAGAUGAGAACCAUCCUCCAGCUCAGGUUUUCUUGGACAAAAUAUUAGCUAGGGCAGAUGUUGGAUCAUCAAGUGGAGAUGCAGUUGUCACAUUUGAUGGUAUUGCAGUCCUAACGCCAAGAGGGCGGUAUAGCAUCGAACUUCAUCUUUCAUUCUUGAGGCUCCAAGGGCAGGCCAAUGAUUUCAAAAUUCAGUACAGCAGUGUAGUUAGACUUUUUCGGUUGCCUAAGUCCAAUCAGCCUCAUACCUUUGUUGUGGUUACCCUUGACCCACCAAUCCGUAAAGGGCAAACUAUGUAUCCGCAUGUUGUCAUACAGUUUGAGACAGAAAGUGUUGUUGAAGGUACCUUGUCAAUUAGUGAGGAACUCCUGGCAACAAAGUUUAAGGGAAAAUUGACGGAGAUGUCGUAUAAGGGGCUAAUUCAUGAGGAGUUCACCAGAAUACUGAAUGCUUUAUCUGGUGCGAAGGUCACUAAACCAGGAAGCUUCCGAAGCUGUCAAGAUGGCUACGCAGUGAAAUCAUCCCUUAAAGCUGAAGAUGGAUUGCUAUAUCCGCUUGAAAAGGGAUUUUUCUUUUUGCCUAAACCUCCAACUCUCAUUUUACAUGAUGAGAUCGAGUACGUUGAAUUCGAACGGCAUGGCGCUGGGGGCUCAAGUGUUUCUUCACACUACUUUGAUCUGCUUAUUAAGCUAAAGAAUGACAAUGAACAUUUAUUUGGAAAUAUCCAAAGAAAUGAAUAUCACAACCUUUUUGACUUUAUUAGUGGAAAAGGAUUGAAGAUCUUGAACCUUGGUGAUGGACGGGUUACCAAUGGUGUUGCUGCUGUUCUUCAUAAUGAUGAUGAUGAUGCUGUUGAUCCACAUCUUGAGCGGAUUAAAAAUGCUGCUGGUGGCGUGGAAACUGAUGAUGAGGAUGAAGAUUUUAUUGCUGAGAAAGAUGAUAGUGGAUCUCCAACUGAUACUUCUGAAGAGGAGGAAUCUGAUGCUAUUGAAAGUGGGGCUGAGAAAGAAAAACCUUCUAAGAAAGAUUCUAAAAAGGAAGUUGUGAGUAAAGCGUCAUCCUUAAAGAGGAAGUCUAAAGAUGGAGAUGAUGAUUCAAAGAAGAGAAAGCAGAAGAAGAAGAAAGAUCCACGAGCACCAAAAAGGGCAAUGUCUGGCUUUAUGUUCUUUUCAAAUGCUGAAAGAGAGAAUCUCAAGAAAGCAAAUCCUGGAAUGUCAUUUACUGAUAUUGGAAGAGCUUUUGGGGAGAGAUGGAAGAAGAUGUCAGCGGAGGAGAAAGAGCCUUAUGAAGCAAUGGCCAGGGCUGAUGCAAAGCGUUACAAGGAAGCCAUGGCUGGAUACAAGAGCGGUGGACCUGCAAUUAAUGUGGAUUCUGGCAAUGAAAGUGGCAGUGACUAAUUUUUCUUCUUUUAUAACUUCUUUGAUCACUGAAGUCACUACAGGAUGAGCUGACACCAUGAACGUUUGUAAACUGGGUAGGUUUUUAAUUUGGUGAAGAAGUACAGUAUGUUGAAAUAACUGCUCUUAAGAGUUUUUACUUCUUGCCAAAUAGCCUUCUCUCUUAAGAAUUUUGGUGAUUUUGAUCGCCUAAUUGUUACUGACUGUAACUCGUAGAGUAAUCAAUUUGGCAAGUAUAUCUCUCUUGGAAGAGAGAAAGAUAGAUCCUUCAGUUCU